GACCCGCGCGCUGGACGCAAACCGCUCUGCCCAGCGGCCAACGUCGCGUUCGCUGCGCUCCUCUCCAAGGAUAAGACGCAUCGAUGCGCUCGUCCCCGACCUCGUUCCCCAAAUGUGACAAUUAUAACAUCAUUUUCUUCAUCGGCACGUAAUCUGAUCUUUUUUCCCUCUCUCUCUCUCCUUAUUUUUUUUUAUUUAUUUAUUUUUUUUACAUCGCUCCCUCCCGCCUGUUCUACGCGUGUGUGUGGAUUGUGUUCAUCUUUAACCUGCCAGCACUGUAGCCCCCCUGCGUUGCGUUGGCGCUGCGGAUCUGGCUUACAAGAACAAGAGCCAGCUCACAGCCGUGGAAACAAGCGAAUCAAUUUAGGGGAGAGACAAGGAGAGACAGAUAGCGAGGUUGUGGAGGGGGGGAAAGGCACGAUCGCAGAGGGGGCACGAAAGGGAGAGAGGGACGCAGACAUUACGCCGCAUGCAGACGCCGAAUAUUAAAGUGAAAAGCAAGAAUUUCCACAGGGACGGGGCUUUCCCUUAGCUUUAUAACUACUUUGGUAGCAAAAUGCAGGACAUAUUUCAGUGAGACAAUUAAAAUACAAGUCUGAUUCCUGAGAAAAUAUGAGCAAAGUGAACAUCUCGAGUUUUUGAAGUGACUCCUCAACAGACAAACUCCGAUAAGACCAUGAAUGUAAAGACAAGCACUUAAUUGACACUUUUGGAGGUGACUAAUCAAUAUUAUAGUACUAGGGGUGGGUCAUGACUCAGUUGCCAUGCGUCUUGUCAUGGUGACCAACCCCUGCACCCCUUCCCCCCUCCUCUGGUUGGUCCAGCUCCUGUUGUGGUUUCACCACCAUGGACCCCAGCUGACAGAGGCUGCGCCACCAUGUCCCAACCCCUGCUCGUGCUCCAAUCAAGCGAGCCGGGUCAUCUGUACAAGGAAGAGUUUGGACCAAAUUCCAGACAACAUUUCAGAAAACACAAGAUACCUCAAUCUACAAGAGAACUCAAUUCAGGUGAUCAAGUCUGACACAUUCAAGCAUCUGCGGCAUCUGGAAAUUCUCCAGCUUUCCAAGAACCACAUUCGACAGAUUGAGGUUGGAGCUUUCAAUGGCCUCCCCAACCUGAACACAUUGGAGCUUUUUGACAACCGUCUCACAGUGGUACCAACUCAAGCUUUUGAGUACCUUAGCAAACUAAGAGAACUAUGGCUACGAAACAAUCCCAUUGAGACGCUGCCAGCCUUUGCUUUUAAUAGAGUUCCCUCAUUAAGGCGUCUGGAUCUGGGGGAACUCAGGAAGUUGGAUUUCAUCUCAGAGGCUGCCUUCGAAGGUCUGGUUAAUCUGCGCUUUUUGAAUCUUGGCAUGUGUGGCUUAAAGGACAUCCCCAACCUUACCCCACUUGUACGUCUUGAGGAGUUGGAGCUAUCAGGAAAUCAGCUGGGAAUUGUUCGUCCUGGGUCAUUUCAGGGACUUGUGUCACUUCGAAAGCUUUGGUUAAUGCACUCCAGAUUAUCUGUAAUUGAACGCAAUGCUUUUGACGACCUAAAGAACUUGGAGGAGCUCAACCUCUCCCACAAUUCCCUGCAUUCUUUGCCCCAUGAUCUCUUCACCCCUUUACACCAGUUGGAGAGAGUACAUCUCAACCAUAAUCCUUGGGUUUGCAACUGUGAUGUCCUGUGGCUCAGCUGGUGGCUAAAAGAAACAGUUCCAAGCAACACCACAUGUUGUGCUCGUUGCCAUGCCCCUCCAGGCUUGAAAGGAAAGUACAUUGGAGAGCUGGAUCAGACCCACUUUGUCUGCUAUGCUCCAGUAAUUGUGGAACCACCUACUGAUCUGAAUGUAACCGAGGGCAUGGCUGCAGAGCUGAAAUGUCGUACUGGAACCUCAAUGACAUCUGUGAACUGGUUCACCCCCAAUGGUACUCUGAUGACACAUGGAUCAUAUCGAGUUAGGAUUUCAGUGCUUCAUGAUGGAACCUUAAACUUCACAAAUGUGACCGUGCAGGACACUGGGCAGUACACCUGCAUGGUAACCAACUCUGCUGGAAAUACCACGGCAACUGCUGUACUCAAUGUAUCUGCUUCUGACCCUACUAAUGGCUACAGUUAUUUCACCACUGUCACAGUUGAAUCAGUGGAGCCAAGAGAAGAUGAGAACUCAGCAAGACAGUAUGUAAACGAGACCUUUGUUGGCUCCCCUAAGCCUACUGGUCAACGAGGGGUAGACGGUCAGUCUGGCUUUACUAUAUCACCAUCUCUGUCUUCACUGUCCUCACUGUCACCCAGAUCUACUGAAAAUGCGGUGACCGUGUCUCUAAUGGAUGUAACCAACAUUCCAGGCCUGGAUGAUGUAAUGAAAACAACCAAGAUCAUCAUUGGUUGCUUUGUGGCCAUUACUUUUAUGGCAGCUGUAAUGCUGGUGGUCUUCUACAAACUUCGCAAGCAGCACCAACUACACAAACAUCAUGGUCCAGCAAGAGCAAUUGAGAUUGUCAAUGUAGAGGAUGAAAUUGGAGCUGGGCCUGGAAGUGGAAUCUCUGGGGGUUCAACAAUAAAUUCUGGCACGAGUGCAGAAGGAACCUUAAGAAUACAUCACCCAGAAGUAGUCAACCUUCCAAAUAUUGGUCGCACAGAUACCCUCAACCAUUACUACAAAACACACCAUUUCAACAACAACGUGAUGGGUCUCAGUAUCACAGACGGUAUGGGACCAGGUGGAAUCCUCAACAGUAAGAACCAGCAUGGCCUAGACAACCCUAUUUCCUGUACAUCAGUCCCAAUCUCUACAUCAAAUUUGCUCUCUACAUCAGGCAAUGGCACCAACACAAUUCCCAGUUCUAUGUCCCCACCACUGCCCAUGUCUCUACCCAUGCCGACUAUGGGCUUACAUGGAUCAAUCAAGGGUUUCAUGGGCCAAAACCAGAAUCCCCAAAUGGAACCACUACUCUUCAAGGGGAGCUCCAAGGAAAAUGUCCAAGAAACCCAGAUCUAAAAAAAAAACAAGUGUGUGAAGAAAGGGUGAGCAAGCAGAACUCAAAAACAGGGAAGGAAUUGAUGUUGGGUUUACGUGUGGAAUAAUAAGACACUAGAGUGCAUUGACCUUACACCAGGAGAAAGGAUGGAUUGACACGGCAAUACACAAACACAUAGACUUAACCCUAACAGUGUACUGAGCCAAGGAUUACCACUAUGGCCCAAGUGUGUUUGUAGAACCGAUCAUGGCCAUGGAGAUCAAGGAGUGACCAUUGCUACAAUGUAAAUCUGUGCCAAAGCAAAUGUUUUUUGCAGUUUCUACAAGCUGUAUUCUCAUAGGAAAAAAAAGAGACAAACUAGUCUGUCAGAGUAAUUCGCUCCUCAAAUUGUUGUUGGCCAGCAGAGAUGAAAGUUACGCACAGCACUUACCACAUCGCAGGAUGGAGAUGUUACAGAGUAAAAUUCAAGAGACCUUUUCUUCCUCAAAAAAAAAAAGAAAAAGAAAAUACAUGAGCCACACUCUUAAGUGACUCAACAGACUCCCUAAAGAUGAAAAUUAUGUAGGCAUAAUAGAUGGACAAAAAGGUACAGUGCAGUACAAACUACUGUGAAAAAUCCACAAAUAAUAUAAAUAUAUUUUCAUCUAAAUAUGUAUCAUUGCAGACUCCAAUGCACACAUAUUUUGGGAUGGAUGUAUAAGCUGGUAUAGUUUGUUUCUUCUUUGUGAAUAAUCAGGGGCGGUGACAGGUGGAGGUAUGUUAUGUUUUAAAUUUGGCUACUUCUCAGAAACAUAAGGGCUCAAUUGCAACACUCAUUGUGAAUCUCUCAAUUGGCUUUUGUGACCAUUUAGGUUGUAGAACAGCAAAUGCAGAUCUCUGUUUGACAAACUUUCAUAUGUUGGUUCAGUAAUAAUCAUCAUUGCAAACCUUUUGUGUUUUGAGAGUGUAUUAUGUAUUUUGUAAAAGCCGACUUCAUGGUAUUUAAAACGAUACAUUCUGAUACGUAAAUGCCAGUGUCAAAUGUUGGCAAAAUACUGUUUCACCAGUAUAACAAAUUUAUCCAAUGCAAUUGCCUGUACUGGUAAAAAUAAAGUAUUGACAUUGUGUUAUUUGAAUCUGAUCAUAGCUGGAUAAUUGCUUUCAGGCUGGAAUUUAAUACAACCUGUGUUCUCCUGCAGCAGAAUGCUGCCAAAAUGAUGAUUAUACAUCUUCAGCAGCAUUUAAGAAAAGAGAUUAAGCAUUCAUUUGAGGAUGAUUGGAGUGAGUGAAAAUGUACAGUAUAUUAAUAAAUAAUGUCUGGUUGUAUGACUAUUGUAAGAUUCACAUUUUUACAGUGUAACUUUCAUAUGUUAAAUGGCAUUUACCCUUCCUGCGUUUCAAUAAUGUAUUCCUUUAUUUUUGUUAGUUUGAUAUAAUGUGUACAGUUGUCUAGCCAUGUGUCAUUAAGUGUGAAAUAAAUCAAUCAUAUAUUGGGUUGUGGCGGGUCAAUAUGGCAACCACGCGAGUAAGAAGCAGACAUUAUGCAGUCUCUCCUGUGCUAAACCUGGAUUGAAUGUAUGGUUUUGUGGUUUAGCCAUUAGUCACUCUGGUAAUGAUAGGGGCCAUCUGUUUUGUAAUGCUGUUCAAACAGGCUUUUACUCACUCUCCCAUACAUUGCUCACAGUCACCGCCGGUUCUGAAAAAUACAUGUUUUUAUAUAGGCAGUUAAGUCUGAAAUUAGUCAGCUUGCUUCUCCCAUGAUUAUUUUUUUUAGAGAAGUUGAUCAUUAUGAAUGAAUGCAAGAUUGAAGAAAAAUAUACUAAUACAAUAAAUACUUACAUUUUUAAACAGGAACUAAAUGUCUGUUGCAAUUGAGCUCAAACUGAACUGGUGACCAUUCAAUCCAGAGCUCCCUCAUUAAUUUUGUGGCUUUUUUGCACCCCUUUCUCAGAUUUAGUGUUUUUAGCUAACAAUGCCAUUUCAGAAGCAUAAGCUUACAUUCUUUGUGUUAUCUGGAAAAGAAACUUUACUAACUGUAACAGGAGUCGAAAGGUCACAGUAAUGAUGAUGAUGAUUAUGAUGAUGAUAUGCUAAAAAUGGGACAUUUGUAUGUCUAGUAUAAGUGAUGGAUUUCCUGCCAUAGAAGUUAUGGAAGCAACAUCUUCAAUGCCAAUGUACUCUUUGCUCUAAAAUAUGUUUAAAAUUC